AAACGACGGAUAAUGGGAUGCCUCGACGAUUGCGCACAGCGUAUACGAACACACAGCUGUUGGAGUUGGAGAAAGAAUUUCACUUCAAUAAAUAUUUGUGCCGCCCCAGAAGGAUAGAGAUAGCCGCUUCCCUAGAUUUGACAGAACGCCAAGUCAAAGUAUGGUUCCAAAACCGUCGUAUGAAGCACAAGCGCCAGACUCUGGUAACGAAAGGAGAAGAUGAUAAAGAUGGCACUGAUCGCAACCUUGAUAGCGGAAGUGAUAUUGCCACUGGCGGUGAUAGCAAUGAGCCAGAUUUGGACAGUGAUCAUGGUAUGCCUUCUCGAACACCAGAGCAUUCUAACGCGUCCAAGGACCUGCUUAAUUUGGACAGUGAUGCCGGCGAAUCUUGUUGUGUACCGUCCCCAGCCAAAUCAGAUGCUAUCCCACAGGAUGUUGAACAACAGUCAGCAACAUCUUUAAAGUCCCCUGUAGCUCUUUCUGGUGUAGCAUCUUGUCCAACUAUGGUGUCUCCAUCUACGCUGUCUUUAGAGAGACGAUCAACUCCCAAUAAACAAUGUGAUGUGAACAGUUUGCCACCAGAAGAAAACCACUUGCCUGUGAAUACAAUGAAUAUUUCUUUAGGUCACAAUACUGUAUGUGAUACUGUUUCACCUCAAUCGGUUGUGGCAUCUAGAGCUAUAUGUGGGUACACUGCUAACACGUCAGAUACACCAGCAGUCAAAAUGGCAGCACAACGCACUAUCGAAGCAAGGGUUCCACCUAACACUAUAGUUUGCUCUACGACAACUUCAGCAUUGCAAAGUAAAAGUCCUAGUGUUCCUUACUCUGCUUUGCCUCAAGAAAACUGCACGAAUAAUUUAGUACCAUCAUCUCCAAAUCACCAGAGACCUAGAAUGUAUUCUGGGCCGUAUCCACCCGAUCCAGGAAUAGGAGCUUAUACUCCCUCUGGCCCCGUAGCCACAUCACCUCCAAAUGGGCCAACAUAUUGCUACAGAACACCGCCACCAAAUCAUCACUCGCAGCCCAUACAUAAUCAAUCUAUAGAUAAUACUUCCUACAGUAGUCAUAUACAACAGAGAUCAUAUAAAAAUCCACAUCAGAACAGCAUGCCUUAUUAUCCCACAACAGGGCAAUCAAAUGUUCAGCAAAGUUCGAAUACACACCAUCUUCCAAAUACUUGUCACCCUCAUCAAACAAGUGAUGUAUACAACGUACAGCAGCGAAACGCUCAGUUGCCGGACCAGACGUUAAUAGCACAGCAUCAACAUUAUCAGCAAAGAAAUUCUGUUCAGCCAACUCAGCAACAUCAAAGUAGUUAUGCUUACGGCUCUGAACAGAACAAUGCAUCUUUUUCUGUUGAUUACAAUCACACGAGGAGUUACGAAAAUUAUCACCAGCCGCAACAAAAUAUGAGCAUGAAUAGUGAUUUUAUGACCGGUGCUUCUACCAAUAGCCACGGGAGUAAUAACCCAGGAAAUAAUGGGUAUUGUUACCCACCAUAUCGAAGUGAAGGUUACAGUGACAACAAUGUAAUGAUGUCUCAUCCGUCAGAUGUACAUGGUAUGUUCUACGAUAUGAACAGUGUAAACGCCGAAGAAACCAAUCAAUCCUAUGUCUCACCUCAGCCCAAAACUAAUUUAUCACAAGACUCCGGUUAUUACGAACUUCAAAAUCCAGUUCAAGAAAGCGCUGCUAUUCCAGAUUAUGUUGAACCUCAAGAAAGGUACAAUAAUCACACAGAUGAAUUUAAUUAUAACUGCUUCAACGAAUCUGACUGUUAUUCUUCGAGUAAUACAUGUAGCACAAAUGAUUUCAACUUUCUAAACAUUGCUAAUGAUUAUUGCAGUCCUGAAUAUUAUCAGUUAAGCUGAUAAGGGUCAAGUUAUGUUCAUCUGAAUGCACAAAUAGAAGUUCGCAGAUGAUUUGAGGCUUUUCGCUACUGAAAUGCGUGUAUUUUAUAAAUUUAAAAAUUCAGAUUAGAUUGGAUUAUUCAAAUAAAAUCAUGAGAAAGCUGUCUUUGAAUUCCAUUCUACUUUUGAUCUAGAAUUUCCGGCUUAUUUGGAGCACUUAAAAUUUUAAAGGCUUAAAAUUUUAAAUGUAAAAUGUAAUUAAAUGUAUAUAUAGAUAUUAAUAGCUUUCAAUUAAAGAAAAUGUAAGAACAUAUGUUGCAAGAAACCGGAAAAAUUCUUAAAUGGUUUUAUUUCUCUUGGUUACGUAAAACGGGACUAUUUUAGUGAUAUCUAUUAUAUAAUACUUUCUCUUAUAAUACAACAAUAUCACCCUCAAAAGGAAAGAAAUUAUACCGAGAUUAAUACCAGCUGCAUGCGAAAUUUAAAAAAAAAAUAGAAGCCUAAUAAGAAUUUAUUGAACUUUCUGACAUGUAACUUAAAUUUUAGUACUCAUUUUUAUAUAAUAAAUAUGGAAAUAUCAAAAACAAAAUAAGUUAACAAAAAUUUCAAAACAAAAUUCUUAAAUGUUAUAAAAGUGUUAAUACAUAUGCAGACAAGGAUCAAAGAUUAUGAAUUAUUUGAUAAAAGUCUUCGUUUUCAAUUGCAAUUGAAGGCAGCAUUAUUUUUAUAAUUUUUCACCUAUUUUUACCCUUUUUUUCACCCUUCGAAAUUAAAAAAAAAAUUCAUAUACAUUAAAAAAAUAUGAAUAGGAAGCUACUGUUUCUAUAUAGUGAGAGGCAGAAUCUAUAUUAGAACUGUCUGUGAGUGGUAAUAUAAUACCUCAAAAACGAAAUUGCCUAAUGAUUGUUGCUAAUGAAAUUUUUAUAACAGGAAGCAAAAGAAGGUGCUACAUUUCGUAAACCAUAUAGCUUUUAGACUAAAAAUAUUACAUUUUAGCCCAAAAAGGCGUUAGCCCAGAACGGCUAUUAGUCUUGAAAUGGCAUUUUGCAUCGAAUCACUAAAAGUGUUAAAUGACUUUUCAGAUUGUUGCCACCAAAUAUUAUUGCCCUGUGUUAUAUUUAAAAAAAAUAAAUAAUGAGGAAUUUGCAUGAAUCUGUGUAUGUUUCUCGCAUUGUGAGAAAAUCACGAUGCCUAGAGAUGCCUAAUUUGAUGGUGCAUAGAGCCAUCAAAUUUUGAAUAACGUAGUCUCCACCCGAAUCUGGAUACAUGGAAGCCGAAAUUUUGAAUUUCGGAUUUGUUUUAUUAUCUAAUCGUUAUUUUGAAAGUCUUUAACGAAUUUUUGAUUAAAAACUCAACGAUUUCAAGGCAAACGCUUUACAGAAUAAAACAUUCUUACCUCCAACGUGCAAGACUGUGAAUCGGAAAACCUAAAGAUACGCUUUUUCUAAAAUAUUAUUGGCCCAAAUUGCUCCCGACACAUGUAUGUGACUGUAAAUGAAAAGAACGCCACUUUGGACGUUAUAUAAAAUCUAAAAAACUUUCACUUUUUUUUUUUUUUUUUUUUUUUUUUUUUUUUUUUUUUCAAUUGCAAAUUAAAGAAUGAAAACUAGGUGAAAAAUAAAAAAUCAUUGAUGUUUGAGCUUUGCAGAAUUAGGUAUUUCCAUUCAAAUGAUUCUUUAGCCAUAAAAAAAGUCAAUUUUAAAUAUAAGAAAUAACGGAACUUCUAAAAAAAAUUCUUAACGAAUAAACGAAACAUAAUAUAAACGAAAGAUUUAUGAAAGGGAAUGAAACGCCUUUUAUUUGGUACUUGGCAUGCACAACUCAUUAAAAUAAAAUUCGUUGACCAUUAUAACAUUGCAAGAAAGACAUAAGAGUGUGAUGUAACAUAUAUAUUACAUUUAGUGUAUAACUUAAUGUAAUUAAAUAUGUAAAAUAAUCUACUAUUUGAAAACUAUAAAGAAUAUCCCAUUAAUAAAUUUUUAAUAUCUAAUACAGAGUAACAUUUUUUUAUGGAUUUCUUUAGAUGCUUAGCUAUAUCAUUUAACAGAAUGAGAAGUAUUCUUUUAUUUAUUUUUUUCAUUUUCUGUUAUUUAAUUGAGGAAGAAAAAUUAGUUAGAUUUUCUCCAAAAGUUCUUAUUCGUUUGGAAACGUUUCAAAAUUAGUGCCUGUGUCAUACAAUUCUGAAAUUUUGAAUGAUGUGUAAAUUAAAAGAACCUUGCUUGUUUUCCAUUAUGAAUAUUCCUUAAACUUAUUUAAAGCUUGUUUCAGAUUAUGAAUAUUUCUUGUACCUUUUCUUAUCUCCAGAAAGAACCUUUACUAUUUUCAACUAACAAUGUUCUUUGAAUUUUAACGCUUUCAGUGGAAAUGCAAAUCCUGACAGCUGAAAACUAAAUUCGGUUUUUAAACCUCAGUUUCUUUUUUUUUUUUUUUUUUCUUUUUUUUUCAUUUUCGCUAUUAUUUAAAAUAAAAUUUAUUUUAGCUCCCCCAAACAAUAUCUAAUCAAUCACAAAUGUUCAUGUUAAUCUAAAAAUAACUAAUAGAGGAAUUCUUCAUUAUGAUUUGCAUUAACUUGAAAGAGUUUCAAAGCUCCGUACUUGUUUAUUACUAUAUUUCAAGAGCUUCUAAGGAUUGUGAAAAUCAACAUGCAUUCAGCAAGAAGUAGUUGAAGUUAUUAAUAGGUAUAGGAUGAAGCAAGGCUGCCACCUGUGUAUAUUAGAUAUCGCAAGGCUUCCUGCUAGACUUCCGCCCCAGAUGGAAUUCAGAGGGAGAGCAAUUCGGGCUGCGUACGAGAGUCUCCCACCACUCUUUCCCUGCCACCAGUCUGAGUAUUUCGACCCCCCCCCGUGAAUUUUAAGUGACCCCUUGCCGUACAGAUACUAUAGGCUUACAAACAUCCCCGCCUUCUCUGGGACUCAAUGCGCAUUUUAUUUUGCAACAUAAAACUGACGCUAAGAUUCGUAGUUUUGAGAGUUUAACUUUAGCCUUUCAUUUUCCAAAUAUCACAUUGCUCGCUUGAACUAUUAUAAAGUAAAAGGAACAGAAGAAUCUUAAUUUCAUGUUGUUUUAUUUAUUUUUAUAUAUAUAAAAGUACAAGGACGCUGAUUUUUAAAUUAACGCAGAAUUUCAGUAACGAAAAGCACUUUAAGUUUACUCCCUGUAUGGGCUGCAUUUAAGAAAUAAAAGAAAGUGAGGAAAUCAUCAUUGUACAAAGUAAAAAUCAGUAUAGAGAGAACAGAACUUGGAAUACUUUAUGUACUUUUUAUUUUCAGGUUGUUUUUUAGCAGACCGUUGUAAAUUAUAAUCCUUUGUAGUUUGUAAAUAAACUGUUGGAAUUUGUACAGGAAAUUUAAGAUGAAGCAGCUUAUUGUAAAGCUGCUUUUCGUUGUAAUUGUGCAGAAAAUGUAAAGAUAAAGAUGUUUGUGACCAAGA